AUGGAUCAUAUGGUAAAACCAAGAUCCAAAUCUAAACGUGCUUUAAGAGGUCCUAAAGUGACCAUUAAUUUUGUGACUGUUUAUGAAAUGACAGGAGUAGAAACCAAUUCUUUGCAUGGCCUUGUAGCCUUUAUUUUCUUUGGACUUCUUGGUUUCCUCCAAAUUAGAUAUCCAGAUAAUCCUACACCAUUUCAACUCCAUCCAAAUACAACCUUAGUAUCCAUUGCUAGUUUUCUACUAUAUUGUUUGGCCUUUUGGGUUAAGUUUAAGUUUGAUACAAGGGUUGAUGCCUUCAUGGAAGUGUUCGGUUCGCUUUCAUUGGUUUCUUUAGUGGCGAUGUUGCUACCAGACAAGUGGGAAUUAUUUGGAUACAUUGUCAUAUACACAAUAUGGUUCAUUUGUCAUGUAAUUGUCAUGGCCAUACUUUGGUUUUUUGAGCUACGUCCAAAAUUGAAGAGGUUGCGACCACUCUUGCCAAAUACUUCAACAGAUUUGAGCUAA